UGUGAAUGGAGUUUUGAUUUCUUGCAGCGAGAUUAGAUUAGCCACUCCUCCCACACACGGAUGUGGAGUAAAAUGAAAGCCAGCAGCUAGUGCGGUUUGUUCGCAUUUUUUUUUUUGUUUUUGUCAAACAUGGCUGGGGACUUGCGGAGUUUCGCGCUGGAAAAAGCCGAGCUGCUCUCUAGCCGUUUACGGGAGCUGGUGUCUUCGGGACAAGGCUUGGUUCGGGCCCAGUUCGGAGUGGAUCUGGGUCUGAAGCCCGAGCUGUACCCGAGCUGGCUCAUCCUGUCAACGGCGGCGGUCGGUCUGCUGCUGCCGCUGCUGCUCGGGGCGUCCUGGGCCGCUUUCUGCGGCGGCGGCGGCGGGCGACGGGUCGGCAAAAAGCGGGCUUCCCAGGUCAACCAAGGUGGCGAGGAGACGGGAAAGGCCAGCGCUAAUAAUAAAAGUGUCAAACCAGAGGAGCCGAAAAAGAGAAACAGAAAGAAAACCGGCGACAAGAAGACUCAGUCCAAUGGUCAGCCGCCGGUCGUUGCUCAAGAGGAAGUUAAAGAGAUUGUGGCAGCUUCAAAAACAGCUGCACAGAUUAAAGCUGUUAAGCAGGUGCAUGAGGUGCCGCCCCCGGUGCAGGUGAAAAAAACCAAGAAGAAACCUAAGACAGAUGUGAAACCAGUUCAGGUGUUGCCCACGAGUGACGUGAAAGAACCCGAUGAUGGUGCAUGGGAGACUAAAGUCAGCAAUCGAGAGAAGCGGCAACAGCGAAGGAAGGACAAAGGUUCAGAGGAUUCUGGGAGCCCGGGAGGCGACAAAGCUUCCAAGGCCCACGUCGAAACACCUGCAGCCUCAGCAACGUACAAAAAGAAGAGAGGAAACAACGAGAACCAGCAUUGGAGACCGAACACAAAGGGAGACGGAGCCAGUGGGAAAGGCAACGCUGAAACAUUGAACUCUUCCUCUGCAUGGAGAGCAGAGCCUACAGUCAAUGGUGAAGGCUGGUCUGAUGUUCCAUCGAAGGCCACUGGUCAAGCUGGUUCUGUGGAAAGAAAGAAGUGGAGCUGCAUACCUCCAUCUGCACAGUACAGGUCCCAGUCUGACCCCCGACCCUGGGCUCAGGAGUCUCAAGCCGCCUGGAGCAGCAUGGACUUGAAGAUGAAGACGAUGCCCUUUUCUGUGCUGCAGCUGAACUCUGCAGAUCCAUUAUCAAAUUCAGCUAAGAUGCAGUGGGCCAACCAAACCAUUGUUGACGAUCAGUGGUCAGGAGCCAAGGGGAUGGCAGCAGAUUCCUCCUCUGAUUGGAAUGCCCCAGCAGAGCACUGGGGAAACUACGAAGAGCCUCCUAUAUCUGUGGUGGCAGCAGUAGCAGCAGCAGCAACCCUGCAGAAGGAUCAGACCAAGGUAUCAGAAGAUGAGAAGGACACUGACGAUCCCUCAGGUGGAGCAGCCAAGUCUAAGAAGAAGAUGAAAAAGAAGAAGAAAGCAGAAGAGGAGCCUGCAGCUGAUGUUCAAACUCCAAGUGCAGCUUCUGUACUCAGCGCAGCAACCAAAGUCCCACAGCUUCCUGCGCUGCCGCUAAAUUCACAGAAUACCAGCAUAUCAUCCUCUCAGAAGAAGUCUGAGCAAACCGUCGAACCUCAGAAGCCCUCCCAGAAGAAAAAGGUCAGAAGGGAAACUUGAAGGAACAACACAAGUCUAUUCAAAUGUUAUGCAAAUGAUUAAGAGUGUCUCAUGCAAUAAUUACCAGGUACAGUUUCUGUCUUAGAUGUGUAACCUUUUAAUAGCGACAAGAGGACAGCGAGCAGCAGAUCUAACAUGCUGUAUAGCAGUGAAAUGUGGUCCUAUGGACUGUUAAUUGUAACUAAUUUUGCACUAUUUGCUAAACUGCAACCAGAGGCAGAGUUUCAGGUGGGAUUUCAGUAAUGCUAUAUGGUUAAUAGUUUUGCAAAUAUAUUUCCAUCCUUUUUUUUUGUCCAGCAGGAGUGUGUGUAAUUGUUAACCCAAAACUACAAACGCGGGUUUUAAUUCUUUUUUUUUUGUCUUGCAAAGUCUGAGUUAGGCUGGCCGCCCUAAAUGAUGCACUUUGUUUUUGUUGCUCCUCCACUCCCUCUUUGUGAUUUACUGAAAUGCUUUAUGCUGAAGGUAGAAGGCUCUGUUUAGAUUUUGGUUGAAUCUAACAAAGCAGAGCCCAGAUGUUCGCUAACGGACUCAAGAGUUUCGUUACAUGUUCAUAGAUUAUCUGUUUCGCACAAAUUUUUCUUGUUAGUUAAAAAAAUAUUCUUAAGUUCUUAAACAGAAAGUAAUAGGAUAUAUUCAACACCAUUUUAUUGUAAUAUUACAGUUCCAUUCAGAAGUUUACAUACAUUCAUUAUGGACAUAAAUGACCUAUUCAUGUACCUUUAAUAAUUGAUUUGAACUGUUCUUGUCUACAAAGUCCAGCCUGUACACAAGGUUUAGUGUACAGGUUUGAAUUUAGGAGGAUUUUUCCAAAAUGAUACAAGCAAACUCAAAUAUUUAUGUUCUCCCCUUUUUAAUAUGUUUAUAUGUUUAAUAUGUUUUAGUAUCAGUCAACCCGCUUAAUAAUUCUGACUGGAUAUAUCACCACUCUUCCUAAGAGGAAUGGCAGGUUUCUUUUUAUGUUGUUGGUUUCCUGAUAACAGAUCAGCAUAGUCCAUCAAUUUGUAAUGAGGUUGAAAUUGGGGCCAAUUUCAGAAGUUUGUUGCAGACAGCUUAAUCCAUUUAUUUUUAUUUUUAUGAGCAGUCUAACAUCCAGCCAGAAAUAUGCCAGAAGCUGUGGUUCCUCUGCAACUUGCUAGGGGAUUUUAAACAAAUAUUGGUGGGGUGACAUGUAUAAAAUAUAUAUGUGAGCAAGUAUGUAUAAUUUUGACCCUAUGGUAAAUUCAACCAUAAGCUUCUAAGUCUUGUUUUUAAAUUGAAUCAAAGCUGCCUGUUGUAUAGAUACAUGGUGCUGUUUCUAUUGCGUCUAUAAAAUCCCAACGUUAUCCUAACAUUUACGCCCAUAAUGACCGAAUGUAGGCGUCAAACUGGAAAUGGAGACACAUUUUUAGGUCAUCUUUGAACUAGAGAAUACCUGUGGGAAAACUUCUUGAUUCUAUGUUCUACACCAUCUUGGUUUGCUUUUUUUUGCUUUGCUAGAAAGGGCAGAACAUUUCGAUGAACUCUUUAAUAUUUCAUGCUUCCAUGUUUGAUAUAGACUGCUUCACUCUUACUCUAAAUCAAGCGUGACAUUUUUCCUCGCACCGUUUAAUUGCAGCUAAAUGUUGUAAGUUAAAGCAUUCCAACCUGACUACUUUAGACAGUAAGGGUAAUUAGUGAAAGAAAAAAAGCACUUACAAUAUAUGAUCUUCUAUAAAUGUAGAUUUCAUCCAUUCCUUUAUGACAUUCCUCGACAUUCUUCAUGUUCAAACCAUCCAUCUUGCGGAUUUUCAGAUGAAUAUGGUCUUGAUAUAUCAGUACUUCUGAAAUUUCUGAACUUCAGAAAGUUCAGAGUUAUUUCCACCUAGCAGUACUUGUUCAAUAACUAUCUUUGGCUUUAGCUGCAUUUACAAAAUAUUGAAAUUUCAAUUGAAAUUUGCUGCAUGUCGACAAAUUAAAUUUCCUUGAGAUUGCAGUGACUUGUAGAAGCCACCAGGAGGCACUGUAACUGAGGCUUGAGGUUGAUGGAGUCAAGGCGAUGAAACGGUAACGUCAGUAAAUGCUGUCUUUCUAUUUUUUAUGAAAGUUGUCAUUAUGAUUAAGUCUGUCCUUUUCUAAGUAGCUUGUAUGCUUUUUUUUUAAAUGCGUUCUUCUGCUCUCUAAAUGACUUUUUACAAGGAUUUCUUCCAUUUGUUUCCUAGAAAAAGCCACGCCAUAUGUAUAGAUUGUAAGGGCUUUUUUCUAGUUUGUGAUUGCACUGUGCAGAAACCUGAAUAGUUUCUUUUUUUAUUGCGAAUUAAUUGUUUUUAAACGGUUUUUCCAAAUGUGAAACUUUUUUUUUCCAAAGAAUGAAGGAGAAUUUUUUUUUUUAUUAAAAAAAAAAAACGAAUGAAAAAGAGCUUUGCAAAAAUAUGACAUGGAGCAGUUUGAACUCUUCAUUCAAGUUGUUUGAGCGUAUACAUUUAAAAGAAAUUAAUUUCUACUGCCUUAAUCUGCCGUAUAGAAAGUUUCUUGGAAUCCUUUAGCUUCCAUCCUUUUGCAAGUUUUUAUCUUUUUUCUUUGCAUGACUUUGGUAAUGGUAUUUGUGGGAAACAAAAGAGACAAAAGAGCAGUUUUUUUUUACUUUAACUAUUUUGUUCUAGAAUACAUCUUGUUAUAAAUACCAUAACAGCUUUAUGUUAGAAUAAAACUUGCAAACUUCCUACUUUUUAUGGGCAUCCAUUUUUUCUCUCUCUUGACUCUUGAAUUACUCUUGAAAUAUUAAAAUGUUAAUUGACUGGUGUUGAUUAAUGUUUGUAGGUUUGAAAUGAUGCUACACUGUGGAUUCAGGUGCCCAUUUUGUUCCCUUUUUACCAAUGAGUAAAAUUAUUUCUUGUAUUUAUACAGUUGUGUCUAGAAAAUCUCGGAUGAUUUUGUUAAGGACAUCAUAAUGAUCUUUCUAUGUAUGUUCUGGAAAGAAUUAAAUGGGAAAUGCUUCAUAUCA